GUACCCAGCCUCCUCCGGAGCCUGGUGCCAGAGCCCGGCUGCUGGGAGUCCUCCCAGCCCCGCUGGUCCCCGCAGCCAGGCUUGGAGCCCCUGGGGGGUGGGGCUCGGUCCCUGUCUGCAAGGAGAAGACCCCGAAAUCCAGCCCCCGCCUGGCUGCAGCGGAUUUCCUCCCGCUGAGCCCGACGCAGUCGCCUGGAUGGAGCGCGAGGCAGAGCUGCGGGCCCGGGACUCCCAGGACACUGGGGCGGCCGAGCUGCCGGGGGGCACCUGCGCAGUGCCUGACGGGCUCCUCACAGACCCCGAAGAGGAGGAGACCCCGCCGUUGGGGGACGCAGAGGCCGGCGCACCACCGGAGGCUGCUUCGCCGCCCCCCACCCUAGCUGGGCAGGCCAGGCCGCGGAGGAAGGCGCCGGCACGGCGGCUGGGCAAGGCGGCACCGUGCGAGCGGGGGCUGCGGAAGCUGCGGGACCUGCUGGUGCUGCGGCGGGCGCCGGCCCGGCUGCGCCCCACCAUCUGCGGGGAGGGCGGCAAGGGCUUCAGCCGUAGCUCGGACCUGGUGCGGCACCAGAUCACACACACGGGCGAGAAGCCGUACCGCUGCACAGCCUGCGGCAAGGGCUUCAGCCAGCACUCCAACCUGGUGACCCACCAACGCAUCCACACGGGCGAGAAGCCCUACCAGUGCCGGGACUGCGGCAAGCGCUUCAGUGUCAGCUCCAACCUCAUCCGCCACCGCCGCACCCACACCGACGAGAAGCCCUACAUCUGCGUGGAGUGCGGGGAGGCCUUCCGCCACAAGGCCCAGCUCCGGCGCCACCAGCAGCUGCACGCUGCCUGGCGCACGCACCGGGGCGAGAAGCCCUCCGCCUGCCGGGACUGCGGCAAGCGCUUCAGCUGGAGCUCCAACCUCAUCCAGCACCAGCGCAUACACACGGGCGAGAAGCCCUACGCCUGCGGGGAGUGCGGCAAGAGCUUCACUCAGAGCAAGAACCUCAUCAAGCACCAGCGCACGCACUCGGGCGCCCGCCCCCACCGCUGCCCCGACUGCGGCCGCGGCUUCGCCCAGAGCACCAACCUGCUCAAGCACCAGCGCGUGCACGCCGCCCGCCCGGCCCUUGCCUGCCCCGACUGCCCCCAGGCCUUCCGCGAGGGCGCCGAGCUGGAGCGACACCGUGCCGAGGCCCACGGCCAUGAGCCCUACAUCUGCGUGGAGUGCGGGGAGAGCUUCUCCAAGAGUGCCACGCUCAACCGACACAAGCGGGUGGUGCACAAGCCCCUUUUUGUGCGCUGAGCCCGGAGCUGGGGCCGGGGCCAUCCUGUGGCACUGGAGGAUGCUGCUGAGUGGGGCUGGCCACGAGAUCCACGCGCACUGAGCAGGCCCAGCCACGGAGCCAGCCAUGGAUUUGCUGGAUGUGGCUACAGCUCAUCACUUGGCCACCUAUGGGCUUGGCAUGCCUGGAGCAUGACUGCGGCUGUCACGUGGCCCUACUGGAUGCUGCUGAAUAGGGUUGGCCAUGGGAUCCACAGGCCUUGAGCAGGGCUGGCCACAGAAUAACUGGACGUGGCCAGAGCUCAUGGACUUGGCUGCCCAUGGGAUCAGCAAAUCCUAAGAGUGACUCUAGCUGUCCCGUGGCCCCAUAGGAUGCUGCUGAAUGGCCCUACCAUGGGAUCCACAGGCAUUGAUCAUGGCUAGACACAAGUCGCUGAACGUGGCCACAGCGCAUCACUUGACUGCCCACUGGAUUAGCACGACUGGAGCAGUCACGUGGCCAUGUAGUAUGCUACUGAGCCUGCCUGUCACAGGGCUGCUGCAUGUGGCCACGGACAUCCAGCCACAUCACCCCAUGCCCAGCAGGACUGCCAGCCACGUGACCACCCUCAGGAUGGCCGAAACAGGCCAUCCGCUGCAUCACUACGAACGUGGACACCUCCUAGAUUGCCAGGCGGGGCUGCUGGCCCAUCCGUGGCACUGACACGUGGCUGGCCGUGGCCAAAGCCUUUGGAACCCAGACCUCAGAAAACCCAUAAGGGACAGAGCCUAUAGAUACUACGGGGUAGGGGGGGCGGGGAGUGCUUAAGGUAGAAGCCAUAAUACUCCACAAGGCGGCUGCUCAGCCCUGGCACAGCCGGGCAAGGGCGUCCUCUCCUGGCAGGAGGUGGCACAAUGGCGCGUGGCUAGACAGGGCCUUGUCUGUAGAAUAAAGUUCUCCUGUUCGGGGA